AUGGAUAUUCUAUCUCGUAUGCUUGACAAGGCUACUGCAAUGGGACGUCUAAAACUUCAUCACAAAUGCUUGGGACCAAAGAUUACGCAUCUUGCUUUUGCGAACGACAUACUUGUCUUCUCGAAAACAGAUCCAGACUCUCUGCGGGAGGUAAAACGCCUACUAGAAGAGUUCGGUAAUAUGUUUGGAUUGCAUGUCAACAACGACAAAUCUGAGGUAUUUUUCAGCGGAACCGUUGAUGCUGAAGCUUCGGUUAUGGCUGCCAUCCUAGGACACAUAAUUGGGAAUCUACCUAGGGGUGCCGCUCAGUCAUCGGAAGCCUUGCAAGGUACUGUAUUUCUGCUAUCCAAAUGCAUCAUAAAGGAGAUUAAUGGGUUAUGCACAUCCUUUCUAUGGGGCCGUAAAGGAGGGGAGAUUGGGAGAACCGCCCCGCGAGUUGCAUGGAACCAAGUAUGUCGUCUAAUGUCAGAGGGUGGGCUUGGUCUAAGGAAACUCCUUGACAUCAAUAUGGUGCAAAGGCUGAAACUCAGCUGGCAUGUGCUGACUAAGACAGAUUCGCUUUGGGCAGAUUGGCUGCGGAAAAAUGUUUGGAAGCAAAAAGGGUAUUGGGAAGUGGUUAUUUCCUCUCGGCACUCCUGGAACCUUCGCAAACUAAUGGUCAUUCAGGGCCAAGUUUGUUGCAGAUCCCGCGAUGCAGCAAGGUUCGGAUUGCUGUCUAUGAGGGCAAUUAGACAGUGGGCGUAG